AUGGCAGUCAGUCUACCAAGCGCACUAGGAGACGAAAAAUACACCAUCAAUAUUAUCAAUUCUAAGAUUGAAACCCUUGUGAUUGGUGAUGGAAACGUUGUGAAUAACUUCUGCCGAUGUCUACAGUAUCCUGAGCACUCAACAGUUUCUCGAUCAGGUAGAACCGCGACUCGAAGGACAGCUAUUUGUCACGAUGGAGGAGAAAUUAGGCGUCGAACGAAAAGGAGACAAUCAAAGCUAGGGUUCCCUCAGCGCAAACACAGAGGAGAUUUAAAGUUUUCCUCGAAAAAUGUUUCAGACGAAAGCGAUGAAGAUUCCUAUUACGGUCAUUGCGGUCCACAAAUUUUCCCUUCCGCUUCAGGGGAACUAGACUUAGCAUUUGAAAAAUCGAUGAAGCGAUUUCACAUCAUCUUGAACAGACUUCAUCCUUUACGAGACAGUGGCAAUUUUAUGGACUUUACCAGCGUCGCAGAUAGUAUCCUGAUGAACAGCAAAGGUGAUUUAGAAUUAGAACUCUUAAUCCUUCUCGAGAAGAGCGUAGUGGUCAGUUAUCAAAAUGACUUGGAGAACUCGGAAGCGAUGGUUCGGGAGGUGUUGAGUAAGUUGAAAAAUUCUGAGGCUAGAGUUGAAAUGAAAGACUAUCUUGUGACUAUGGCCCAUAUUUACCUGACUGGAACUUAUCGACGGCAGUAUAAGCACGGGAAAGCAGAUUCCACCAUUGCUGUCGCCGAACAGGUAUCACCCAAAUCACAAAAUGAAACCUCUCGUUUCGUAAAGGCAUUGAUACUCUAUGAAAUGGCAAGCAAUUUGACCAUCUAUAUUAACUCUGUUCCACUCCAUCUUUCUGCACGCAAAAAGCUCGUGGAACAAUCGAAGCACUACAUGAAGCAAUGCAUAGACCUAAGCAUAGAACUUGAUGGAAGCAGCCUAUACAUUAAAAAGCAUCACUUUGGUCUACUCAAACUCGCCGCACUGGACCUAAAUUGUGGAACAAGGGCAGCUCGGGAACAAGUUACAAGUGAUAAAUGUAUUGCAGAUGCCCAAACCUGCCUCCGAGCAGUACAAGAAAAAUAUGAGAAUGAGAUGAGCGAAGGACAGAAAAUACAGUUCUUAGGGGCGAAGUCAGACCUAAAUUAUAGGCUAGGUGAUCUGGAGGCAGCGCAGAGUGAUGCCACUCAAGCACUGCAGUUGGCUGAAACACUUGGAUUCAACCUAGAAAUCGUUCCCUUUCGGGAGAGGUUAGAGGAUAUCUCAAAAUUAAUAACAUCAACAGAAAUGAUGUUUAUGGAACCAUCCCAUGAAGAAGUGUGUGUGAAUUCUCUGUCAUCCAGCUCUGUGCCAUUCAAUAGGAAUUCUUCUUGCUCCUCAGGAUGUGAGAUGGAAUGAAUACAAGGUGCUUACACAGGUUUAUCUAUUCCUUAACCAGUGUCUUGUGCAUUUUCAUUAUCUAAGGGCUCCUUUUUUUUUAAUUUCAAACUAUUGUGGCAACAGAAAUUAUAAGUAAUAGAGCCAAAUGUGAUUUUUUUAAUCAUUCUGUUACCAGUAAUAUGAGAGGUUUGAUUUAAGCCUUGAAUCCCAUAGAGUGACAAGCAUCCUAUAUCUUCUUACAAUAUUUUCCUCUCCUGAAUCACUCCUUUAUGAGAGUAAAGGAAAUGAUUACCAAAUAAAUUAAAAAGCUUUAGGUUUUUUGAGCAAGUUUUCCUUAUCAGCACCUUACUAAACCUUUAGCAAACAGAAUAAGAAUAAGCCCCAAGUUGUUAAGAGCACUAGAAGUACAGUGCUAAUUCAUGUUUGACUGCUAGGAAAACUAUGACUGUGUACUACUGUUGAUAGGCUAAUUUAACCCUUUAACUCCCAUGAGUGACCAAGACAGAAUUUCUCCUUACAAUACCAAUAAAAUAUCAACCA